CCUCUCAGAACCUACCAAUAUUAUUCUUCAUCAAAUUUCGAAGAUUUAAGAAGGGAAUCUUUGAUGCCGGGGGAUACGGGAGGGCUGGACCCGAGGAACUAGUCUCCGGGCCCCGUUAAUUAUGGUUCCGGACUACCGAGGGCAGUCCGUGCUCCUGUAGUUUGCGCGACGAUGGGGAGAUCAUGCGUGAGUCAUUGUAGCAAUGCGUAUCCCUGUGAGAGCCGUGUACCGCGGCGUAAUCCUCUGCUCAGGUCGGUCCGUUACAUGUUCAAGGUGUGUAUGACAUGUUGUUCUGUGCUCCGAAAUCUGAUUGUCUAAUGAUGGGAUCGGAGAUGGGUUUUGGUUUUUUCCACGAAUAGCGCCGCCCUAUAUGUAUCAAGCACCUCAUCCAACCUCGCGUCUUCUCUCUCCCCCACUUUGACGGUCCUUUCAUCGCCGCCGCCCGUUCUCGAUGUCUUCACGGUCCAUGUCGCGUAACACGGCCAGCGACUUUCUGGGCCCGAUUCGGUAUCCCUACUCGAUGUCGCCACACGUUGCAUCGCAUCCCUACCGACUGGACGAGGCGCCGCGCAAGCGCCCUAAGUACACCAGAAGCAAGACUGGAUGCCUGACUUGCCGCGCGAAGAAAGUCAAGUGCGAUGAAGCAAAACCCGUCUGCACUCGGUGUGCGCACGGCCAACGCGAGUGCACAUGGCCGAAUCCACGCCAGUCAGCCAUCAAGGCGUCCGAUGCAAGCGACGCCGCCGACAGUCGUUCGUCGAAUGCAAGCUCCUCUCCACCCGUGUCGGAGCCCCCGACGCCGCCGAUACGGACGUCGACCUCGCCGCUUCGUCGUCAAACCGCCAUUGCGAGCACCGCUGUACCCAGGCAGCCUCGGCGCGCGAGUAUGGAAAGCGCCCUGCCUUCACCUAGCACCCCGGCCUCCGCACGCCCCACCGCCGUCCAGGUUCAGGGACGUGCCUCCCAAGCCGUGUCAGGGCCACGGUCCUCGAACGAACGUCCCGCCGCCGAUUACGGUGAAGGCCUGCCCUCGUACUCGAUGGCAGACUACGCGCCGUACAUGAAUGGGCCCCCGAACUCGAUCUAUAAUCUCUCGUCUGCCACCGCGCCGAAUGAAGGCAUGCUUUACGGGCCCUCUUCUCAUCUCGACCCCUAUUAUACCCUGCCUCACGUUAACAUGCCCCCCGACCUGGGCCGCAGCACGUUAGCUGCGCCGUGGGAGGGUGACUUCGACGCGGCUGUGCCGGACGCGGUCGCCACGAAGCCCUAUGAUCUGGUGCGCAGCGCAGCGACCCCCAGCGACGUGUACCGGCCUGACCAGCGCGUGCAGUACCACCCCGUUCCUGUCCAUGCCGCUCGACGCUUUACGAUCAACCCCUACUCGCCCCCGGACUACCAGUAUUAGUCCACGCCGCAUCCUGUCGCCUGCCCCAUCUUAUUGCAUGUCUGUCCUCACCGCUGUCAUUCGUUAUUUAUCGAAACCUUCAUACGACAAGAACGUAUCCGAUGCCCUAAUCACUACCUCAUGUGUUGUUUAGCCUCUCUGUACAUGAUACCCUAUGCACUAUGUACUGUACUAAUACCCCUGCCAUUCGUAUGCACCAUGAACAAUGUAAGAGGAUACAGAGUUGGCCGAA